AUGCCUCUACAAACUCCGCCCUUUGACUCUUUGCCGCUGCGCCCAAAUGGUCCUCGGGGCAAUGCCUGGGGCUUAUUUGGGGACCAGGACGAGAUAGGGAUGCUCAAUCGUCUCACACCCGAGAAUACAACGGCCGCUGCGCGUGAAAUCGUGGAAGGAGUACGCGUCUCCACAGAUUGGAACCUCAACAGCAUGGCCACACCAUGCUUUGGGCGGUCGGCGUUUGAGCAUACCGUCAAGAACAAGGCCCCUCGACCGGUCAAUGACGACGUCCUGGUCUUCAACACGCAGAGUAGCUCCCAAUGGGACGGAUUUCGACACUACGGCUCCCCGGAAGGGUCUUACUUUAACGGCUGUUCGCUCGAGGAUAUCCAAGGAUCCACGCGGAAUGGCAUCCACACGUGGGUGGAACGGGGCGGAGUCGUUGGGCGCGGUGUACUUCUGGACUACGCCGCAUGGGCUGAGGCCAACGGCAUCACCGUCAAUUGCUUCCAGACUCAAUCCAUACCCCUUUCCGAUCUUCAGAAGGUGGCUGCUAGUCAGAAAACUAACUUCCGACCGGGUGACAUCCUAUUCAUUCGAACGGGCUGGACUCGAGAAUACGAAAAGCUCUCCCGGGAGGAGUGUCAGCAGCUGGCCGACUACAAGGCACCCCCCGUGAUCGGCGUCAAAUCAUCAGAAGAGAUACUGCGAUGGAUCUGGGACAAUGAGUUUGCGGCCGUUGCCGGCGACAUGCCGAGUUUCGAAGCGUACCCCUGCCAAAAUCCGGACUUUUUCCUGCACGAAUGGUUACUGGCAGGUUGGGGCCUCCCAAUCGGUGAGCUAUUUGAUCUGGAGCGUCUCGGUCAGGAAUGUCGUCAGAGAAAGCGUUGGACCUUUUUCUUCAGCAGCGUCCCCUUGAAGGUUCCUGGUGGCGUGGCGAGUCCGCCUAACGGAGUGGCUAUCUUCUAUGUUGGCAGUGAUAGCGCCGAGAGACAAGCCCCCGGUCCGAUGAUAAAAGAUAAGGCUGUGGAGUCAGUAAAUACCCGUAACGAGCUUUCCCGCGAAUCUAACAAGGCUAAAUCGGCAGGUUUGGCCUUCCCGACAGUAGGGUUCGCAGGACCCCGUGGGGAAGGCACGUUUAUCUUCCCCAACUCUCCAGACAUGCAUGGGAAACGUGCUUCCCGGUCGGACCGUAUGGCUCGUCGAUCAAUGGUAGCAUGCAAUCGAUGUCGCAGUCGGAAGACGCGCUGCGCCGGCAACCCACCGCUGCCAUGCGCAGCUUGUGUAGAUAUCAACCAGCCUUGUGUCUAUUCUGAGGCGGAGAAGCGAGUCUCAAUAACGGAGAGUUACUAUCGCCAUCUACAAAUGCAGGCCCGUUCACCUCCUCAAGACAGCCGAUCGUAUGAUUCCAAAGGUCUUGAGCAUCAUCGCCCGGCUUCGACUCCGACUUCGUCAAGCGUGCCUUCAACGGUUACUCGGGAUUCAACCCGGGAAAGAGAGGUACCCUUAGAACGAGACGACUGGUGGUUCAAAGGAACCGACAACCUGCUUUUGAACCGAUCUGGCGAGCACCAUUUUGUGGGAGCCUCCUCCACUACCCAUUUAGCCAAGCGUCUCAAUCCUGCCACCACCAAUCUUGCAUGGGAUGUGCGUCCGCUUUACGACGAUCCUUCGUCCCUGCGCCGUCCAGUGGCGAGCGCCCUUCCUCAACUGCCUCCCUUUGAAUUUGCCAAGCGGCUCUUUUGGGUCCAGUAUUCUUACAUCGGUACCAUAUUCUCCUUGAUCAAACCGAGGGAAUUUGAAGAGCGUCUAGCCUUUGUCUAUCAUCGACCACCCGACUUCUCCCAUCGCGAAACAUGCUUGAUUUAUUGCCAGACCCUGCUAGUUAUCGCAUUUGGAUUGAUGUACUCUGUAAAUCAGUGGUCAGGAGAUGACGGCCCACCCGGCUUCAAGUAUUUCAAACAUGCUCUGCGUUUCCUGCCGGACAUUCACGAAGAGGGCUCCAUCUUUUUCGUCGAGGUCCUCUGCUACGUGGCGUACUAUAUGCAGAAUCUAAACCGGCGCGAUGCGGCCUUUCUUUACAUCGGUCUUGCCCUUCGCAUGGCUAUCUCUCUAGGUCUCCACCAAGAAGUAUCAGAUCCGAGUAUCAGUGAGACGGAUCGAAACCGCAGGCGUCGAGCUUGGUGGUCCGUUUAUAGUUUGGACCGACUGCUCUCAGUCAAGUCUGGCAACCCCAUCACCAUCCAUGAUGAAGACAUUGGCACAUCACCGGCGACACUUGAUGGAUCUACUUCCGACCCCUGGCCAGCCAUUGUCCUCACUCAUUACACACAGCUCUCCCGAAUAUUAGGCCGAAUUGGUGAAGAGAUAUACCGGAAGAAGCCUCGAUCUGGUUCCAGCCUGAUAACGUCUGUGCAAAGUAUCACCAACGACCUUUCAAGCUGGCUUCGACAAGCACCCGACGGGCUUCGCAUUGAUUUUACCACAUUGGACAAUCAUGUGAAUCGAGAGACGGUGUCGAUCAAUCUCCAUUUCUACUCGUGUGUCAACAUGACGGCCCGCCCUCUCGUUUUCUAUGUCAUCCAGCGACGACUUGACGCUGGUAUUUUGGGCACCUCAGGCGAGGAUUGGAAAGAGGGCUUAGCACCAAAUACGGUCGCAGUGAUCGAUAGCUGUAUUACCGCUGCUCGCGCAACGACCUUGAUCAUGGACGCAGCGGCAAAGCACAAUCUCAUCGCUACCUACGGCUAUCUCGACGGGGAAUACAUUUUCUCUGCCGCAUUACUUCUUGUCAUGGUCAAUGCGGUUUUCCCUCACAAUGAAACUAAUGCCCGGGCAAUGGAGACUGCGCUAAAUCUCCUCCGUAGUAUGGCUGACCGAGGUAACACCUACCUUGGCUCGCGCCAUUCCUUGUUGCUAGAACUACGAGCAGCCAUUGAACCCAAGGCUGUUACAGGCGACGCGGAAAGAUCAACAACUGCACUGAAUGUCCCGGCCACACCAAGGAGUAAUUAUCCGGCUAGUCCCGCAAUAGAUAAUACGAUGGGCCCCACGCAUGAACUCCCGGAGGAUUGGCAGGCGUCACUUGAUCUGCCCUCGUUUCAAAAUAUUUCUUUUCAAUUUGAUCUGAACGAUGAUCCAGCACUCUGGGAGGGUGCAUUGGAUCAAAUUGACAUUGACAUGGAUACCGAUUGGAUCGAGAGCACGUUGAAACGAUAA